AUGACUAGAACUUCUGUACUAGCUGAUGCUUUGAAUGCUAUUAAUAAUGCUGAAAAAACCGGGAAAAGGCAAGUUUUGAUUAGACCAUCAUCGAAGGUCAUUAUCAGGUUUUUAACAGUUAUGCAAAAGCAUGGUUACAUUGGUGAAUUUGAAUAUAUAGACGAUCAUAGAUCAGGUAAAAUCGUUGUUCAAUUGAAUGGUAGAUUGAAUAAAUGUGGUGUCAUUUCACCAAGAUUUAACGUUAAAAUUAACGAUAUCGAAAGAUGGACCGAUAAUUUGUUACCAGCUAGACAAUUCGGAUAUGUUAUAUUGACUACAUCAGCUGGAAUAAUGGAUCAUGAAGAAGCCAAAAGAAAACAUGUGGCUGGUAAAAUAUUGGGUUUUGUAUAUUAA